CAUUAUCGCCAAUAUCACAACUGCUUUCAUAACUCCACUGCUGCAAGAACAUAUCCAAUGGCUGUGUUAAUUUCAAAAUACAGCAAGGUGCGCUCUAUGAAGUUGUUGCUUUUGUUUUACUUUUUGAAUGCGGUAAUAGCGGUGAAUGGGAAUGGAAUUGAGGACACGGCGCCUGAGGAACAUAAUUACCCGACAGUCAUAAACGAAAGGAACAAACGUGAUGUUUUAACGGUAGCCGACAGCACUACUACAACACUCCAACCCGUCUACCGCGAUGAUGAUAACCUCAAUGCCGCUGUUGAUGAUAAGGACAACCAUAAUUUGCUAUUUAAUGUUGGCAAUCCACUACGUGCCUUGAACAUUGUCAAACGUACACCGAGUGGCUUCAUUGGCAUGCGUGGCAAAAAGGAAAAUGAAUUCAUCGAUUACAGCAAUCCGACCAACAAUGCGCCAGUGGACGACGAUAAUUCGGCCGAUUGGAGCAUUGACCCUCUGCAACAAGCGAUGUACGAAAAUGCAUUGAAUGAGGCCUAUGACAACUUGUUGGCUUUGGAGCCACGUUAUAAAAAAGCGCCAAGUACAUUUUAUGGAGUGCGGGGCAAAAAGUAUAGUCAUAUGGAUUUAAAUCGCAUGGAUUCGUUACUGCAACGUUUAGAGGAGGAGCGUUUACGUCAGUCGUUGUUGCAAAACUUUUUCAAAGAAUUAAUAAAUCGCCAAGCACCGAAUGAUGUAACGAAACGUGCGCCUACGGGUUUUACGGGAAUGCGUGGCAAGCGACCAGCUCCAGAUGUAAUGGAUUACUUGUAUGACGGUGAGGAUGGACCCUUUGCAUAUCCGAUGAUGGAUGAUAAACGAGGACCUGUAAAUGGAUUUGUGGGCUUACGCGGUAAAAAGGAUGUCAAUCAUCAAGCAUUCAAGCGAUCUCCACUAGAGUUUCCUUAUUUCAACAUGUUUACUAUCUUCACUCAGCCUGGCAAUCGGCGUAGCAAGUCUCAACGUUUUGUCGAUUUUAGCAAUAAAUUUGUAGCAGUGCGCGGCAAAAAGGCUGAUGGCAACAGUGACGGCAACACAUUCGCCACCGAAACACAUCAGGGGGGCUACUACGUGAAUAAUAUGCCGCUAUUGGCGCUGCAUGGCAUGCGCGGUAAGCGAGCUGUAAAGAUGCCACUAACAACGGAAACGGAACAAGCGACGUAUGAUUUAGCUAUCAACAACGCGCUUAACAACUAAAGCUCUACUGGGUUUGGAUUGAAUGCAGUUAAAAAAACACACAGCUGCUUGUCAGAGUAGCUUCGAUUUGUACUAAUUUAAGUUUUCAUUUUUGGAAAAAAAAAAA